UUUAAGAAGCGAACCAUAUCUCGACAACUUUCUCUCUCUCUCUCUCACUCUCUCUCCCUAAACUGUUAUUCUCUCUCAUACAAUGGAUUCCGGCGGCGACAGUCCGAUGGAAAACACAUUCCGGAACCCUCGCCGGAGCUCCAACACCCAGAGAUCCCAUUGAACUCCAUAAUCUCCAGCAAUAGAUUCUCCUCUUGGUUCUGCUGUUCUUCACCUCUGAAACUCUCUCUCUCUCUCUCUCUCAUAUUUAUAUAUACAUAUAUAUAUAAUUCUCUCCGGCAGCUUUCCAACCUUUUCCGUCGAGAUGCGAAUAAUAACUCUGCCUUCUCGUUUGAUUACGAAUUGGGUUUGUUAACCCUGUUUCGAUCCAACAAAAACUUCUAAAUCCUGAUUCAAAGCCUCUCUGUUUGUUUCAAAUUUGCCUUUUGAAUUAGCUCCGGAGAUCCGUUCAAAUUGAUUGCUCGAGAUCGGUCGAUUCACUGCACUGGAUUGAAAGAAAGGGCUUUGCUUCAUCAGACAUGUUAUGUAAGUUUUACGAGAUGAAUUGAUUGUUUUGAUUAUGGAUUAUGAUAUAUACAUGUGGAAUUAUAAGGGUGAUGGUUUGAUAGAAUGAUGGUUAGAAUCAACAGAAGAAGAACAGUGGCAUGCAAAGAUCGGAAAUUGUUCUCCGGUUACUGGGAAAAUGAUCGACAAUUGAAACAGUUUAAGUAAACUGUUUUUUUUUUUUUGGCAAAUUGUUAUCGAAUUGGGUGUGUUUGGUUUGAAGGAAUUUUGCAUUAGUUUAGUUGGGGGUAUACUAAAGAUUUGAUAUCAUGCCAUUAAAAACUGAUAGAAAAGAAAAAGAAGGACAAGAAAGUACUUCAAUGGGGUCAAAAAGAAGAGUUUAUGAUGGUUUUCAAAAAAUUGGAUCAACUAAUUGUCUAAUACCUGGUCUAUAUGAUGAUGUUGCAUUAACUUGUCUUGCUUGGGCUUGUAGAUCUGAUUAUGCUUCCUUGUCUCGCCUAAAUAGGAGGUUUAAUUCCCUUAUAAAAAGCGGGUAUUUAUAUGAUUUGAGGAAGAAACUAGGGAUUGUGGAGCACUGGGUGUUUAUGGUUUGUGACCCAAGGGGAUGGGAAUCAUUUGACCCCGUGAGAAAUAAGUGGAUGACAUUACCUAAAAUCCCAUGUGAUGAGUGUUUCAACCACGCAGAUAAGGAGUCGUUGGCUGUGGGUAGUGAAUUGCUGGUUUUUGGCCGUGAAUUCUUCGAAUUUGCUAUUUGGAAGUUCAGUUUAAUUUGUCGGAGAUGGGUGAAGUGUAAAGGAAUGAAUCGCCCUCGUUGUUUGUUUGGGUCAAGUAGUUUAGGUUCAAUUGCUAUUAUUGCAGGAGGGAGUGACGAGAAUGGGAAUAUUUUGAAAUCUGCUGAGCUUUACGAUUCCAAAACAGGUAGAUGGGAAACGUUACCCAACAUGCACUUCCCUCGUAGAUUGUGCUCGGGUUUUUUCAUGGAUGAAAAAUUUUACGUGAUUGGCGGAAUGACAAGUCCUACUGAGUCAUUGACUUGUGGGGAAGAGUAUGAUCUUAAGACAAGGAAAUGGAGGAAAAUUGAGGGCAUGUAUCCAAAUGUGAAUAGGGCUGCCGAAGCACCUCCACUUGUGGCGGUUGUUGAUAACCAGUUAUAUGCUGUUGAGUAUUUGACAAACAUGGUGAAGAAGUACAACAAAGAGAAGAACACGUGGGAUGUGUUGGGAAGGCUACCAGUGAGGGCUGAUUCAUCCAAUGGCUGGGGACUUGCUUUUAAGUCCUGUGGAAAGGAACUUCUUGUAGUGGGUGGGCAAAGAGGCCCAGAAGGCGAAGCCAUUGUGCUGAACUCGUGGUGCCCAGAGUUGGGUGUCAAGAAUGGCUCGUUGGACUGGAAGGUCAUUGGUGUGAAGGAACACAUUGGGGUGUUCGUGUACAACUGUGCUGUCAUGGGUUGUUGAUGAUUCCUUCAAUACAACACAAUGACUCACCUGAAGGAUCACGUAUAUCAAUCUGACCUGGUGUUCUUCGUGCUUUCACAUUUAUCUGAUUUGACCAGAAUUAGUUGUUGUUGAGGUAGUGUCUAUUGUCUUGCAAGAUGAGAAUUUUUUUUGGUUCUCUUUAACAUUCCUCCUGUAUUGGAUGUUCCUCACUUCCAUGAUCCUGCCGUCUGAUUUCAUGGGUACUAGAUAAUGUUUUUUCCAUUUUGUUUUUGCCUAGUUCUGUUUCUGAUUUACAGCAAACUGCGUCAUACCAAUAAAUUGCAAAGCUUUUAUUGUUUAGUGAUUCAAA